UAUUGAGAGAAGAGUAGAGAAGAAAAGGAACAUACUUUGAGAUCUGACCGCUCUUCUCUCUCUUGGGUUUUGCCAAAAACUCGAUCUUUGGGGCCCUUUGUCGAAAGGGUCUUCUUCUUCUCUCAAUCUCUCUCUAUUCUCCAUAUCUCUAUUCCUGAUUGUUUGAGGUUGUCUCUGCUGGCAAGAUGGUAGUUGAGGCUGUGGGAUUUGAAGCGGCUCAGGCGUCAAACAUUGCAACAGAAGUAGAGACUUCAUUUCCUCAUGAGAAGGAAAAUGGGAAACUGGACCAGGAAUUGGGUGACAAGCCCAUAAAAUUUGGUACCCACGGCGAUGAGCCUGUAAAAGGAGAUGGGGGUGAUGCUUUAGAUGCCAACUUCCCCAAGGAGGCUGUUGAUGAGUGGCCUGCACCAAAACAGAUCCAUUACUUUUACUUUGUGAAGUACCGCCCAUAUGAUGAUCCAAAAAUAAAAGUGAAAAUUGAUCAAGCUGACAAAGAGAUUCAGAAAAGGAACCAAUCCCGGUUUCAAAUUAUGGAGGAGCUUAAAUUAAAAAGGUCGGAUAGGGCAGGCGUGAUUGCUCAGGUGAAGUCUCUGAGAACAGAGAGCGACCAGUAUUACACAAUCAUGGGCGAGAAGAAAAAGGAAAGGGAACCUUUGUAUCAGGCUCUGGGUAAGCUGCGUGAUUCAGGCGGUGCUGGUCGGGGUGGCAUAUGCUCAUCUGAGGAAGAGCUUGAUGAUCUUAUCUACAGCUUGAAUUACCGCUUGCAACAUGAGAGCAUUCCACUGACUGAGGAGAAACAAAUUCUCAGAGAAAUCAAGCAGGUUGAAGGGACAAGGGAAAAAGUUAUUGCUAAUGCAGCUGCGAGAACUAAGAUUCAAGAUGAAAUGGGUCAGAAGCAAGUCAUUCAAGAUCAAUAUAAACUUAUAGGAGCUGACUUGGAUGGAGUUAGAAAGGAGCAUCAAGCAGUUAAGAGCAAAAUUACUGUCCUCAAGGAAAAACUGAAGUCAAUGGAUGAUGACAUUAGUUCUCUGCAGAAUGAGUUGGCGAAUGCUACUCAAAAGAGGGACAAAGCGCUUGAAAGCAUACAUGAAUUUCGAAAGCAGCGGGAUGAAGGGAACGCCUACUUCUUCCAAAGUCGUGUACUCUUAAACAAGGCCAGAGAUCUUGCUGCCAAGAAGGAUAUAGAGGCACUCGAGGAACUCUCGAGCACAGAGCUUGACAAAUUUAUCUCCCUCUGGAGUAACAACAAGACUAUUAGGGAGGAUUAUGAGAAAAGAAUUUUGUCAUCGUUGGAUCAACGACAAUUGAGUAGGGAUGGACGGAUAAGAAACCCUGAUGAGAAGCCUCUGGUACAGGUACCGGAGGCCCCGGUGCCCUCUAAAGUUGAGGCAGUGGCCAAAACUAAUGUUAAGCAACCCAAGGAGGAAUCAAAAGCUCCUUCACAAAAGGAUACUUUGCCUGUUCAGAAGAGUAAAGCUGGCUUAACAGAUCCAAAACCGAUUUCUGAGGGUAUUGACAUUGCGGACAAGGAGGAUAAUAGUUAUGAAAUUUCGCACAAGGAUGACAAUAGUUAUGAAAUUUCGCACAAGGACUCCACUUCAAAGAAGGAGGAGGUAGUUGAUCCUGGAAAGUUGAAAGAGAUGAAAAGAGAGGAGGAGAUGGUGAAAGCUAAACAAGCCAUGGAAAGGAAGAAAAAAUUGGCGGAGAAAGCUGCAGCCAAAGCAGCUAUAAGAGCUCAAAAGGAGGCUGAAAAGAAGCUAAAGAAGGAGGAAAAGAAGUUGAAGAAGAAGUCUGGCGGAUCUGCUCUUGCUACUGAGACCGAGGAACCAGCUGAAGCAGUUGUGGAGAGUGCUGAGAUGGUAAAAGAUGAACAUGAAGUGGCACCAGUUCCUGCAAAGGAGAAGGUCGCGAGGGAGAAUCCUGUUAGGCUCAGGCGUAAUCCAAGGGGUCCAGAUUCCGUCCCGAGAGCCAUGUUGAAGCGGAAGAAAUCCACCACUAACUAUUGGUUAUGGGCUGCUCCUGUUGCCGUGAUGAUCUUGUCGCUUCUAGUGCUUGGUUACUUCUACCUGCUUUGAAAAAGUGAAACUAAAAGGAGUCAUGAAUGAACAAUUUUUUUUCCCCUGCUUGAUGAGGUAGGUAUGUUGGUAGCAAAACUAAAACAUUCUUGUUUCUUUGCAUCUUUUUUGAGGGAUGGACACAGAACUCAUAAUGCUUUCAGCAACUGAGAUCCAAAUAUUUUAUUAUUUGGUUGGUUUAAUUUGUUUCUAAAAUUUUGAAAUAAUUUCGAAAUGUUGUGUUAUAUGUAA